UGAUGUCGUUAACUUUUUGCAAUCGAAAAUAGCGUAAAAUACGCUUUAUCGUUCGAGUUAAUGACAUCCGGUGAAUGGGAUUUACGUGCUUUAAAGGCACUCGAAGAAGAGGAACAAAAAGAAUUUCUUGCAUUGAGUCAGAAAAGUCUUUUCGAGCCACCAUCACCACCAGCUGGAACACAAUCAACAACUAAACAAAGUCUAUCGUACGCUCAAUUACAUCCACAUUUACUUAAAUUACCAACUAUAAAUGAAUACAAUUUAAUAGCAAAGCGCAAUCAGCAAAAUGCCAAUUCGACAGGUCGUUUAAAGUUUACACGCGCUCUAUCACUUUCGGCGCAUUCCCUAACAGGACGUGGCAGUGGUUGUGCUGGUGGAGGCGCCAGUAGUAAAAAGAGUAAACGUAAGUGCGCUGCAUCUAAAUCAAUUGGUUCACUUUCACCGCCACAAUAUAGUGCCUCCCCAGUGUAUACACCACCCCCAGUUAGGCGCUGUGCCACACUUCAUUACACGCAACCUGUGCGUAAAACUUUUAAAACCUUGCAGCAAUUGGAAAAACAAAAGCAAGAGAAAAAAAAGGAAGCUGCCUUAAAAAACCAUAAAUCGCCACAACUGCAGCGUGUUGCUGGCACCAACAAAACAUUUUGGAAAUACGGCGCUAAUUCAACGGCAGCCUCUAUAAUUGGCCAACGUAGUUUGUUAAAACUUAAGAAACAAUCCGCUGAUCUUGAGUCAAACACUUCAGACGAAGUUGGUUCCGAGGAAGCCAACACCACCGAAAGUGCCACUGAUACUGGGUCUUGCACUGUGCCAUUUGCAACGGACUCUAUUGAGAUGAUGCGUCUUAUGCUUUCCGCGGCUACAACUGCCGUUACAACUCAGCCUGCCGCUAUGGCAGCUUUAGAUUAUCUAAAUCCGCCACCUGAUAUUGCUGCCGGCGCAACUAGUGGUACCGAACUCAACGACUACAGCAAGUUUGCUAACAACCAAUUCCUUACACUCUCACACUACCCAACACAUAUUCCACCCUUGGAACCAAACGAAACUGUUGCUUAUGAAGCUUUUCAAACCUUUUCACGCGGCAAAAGCUUUUCUGGCCGUCACGGUGGUGCCACACUUGUACGUGGCAGUAGCUUAAUAGAAGAACAACAUGUUGACAGAGAUAACAGCGCUGCUAUUUUAACACGCAAUGUUAAUGGCAGAAAAAUGUUAAAAGCGACGUCUGUUGAUACACCAGGUGUUGAAUAUGCUGGCGGCAUACAACCAACAACAAUCAUAACAAAUCCUAUUGUGGAAGGCAUUAAGACCAGUACGGCAUCGAAAUUAAGUCAUAUGUGUCACUUAACUAAAACUAAAGCUCAAACGAAUCUACUGCCAACCGCUAUGGUGGGCUUACGUUUUCAUGAUAACCCACACAAUACGAAUAUGCAUCAUCAACAGCAACAUCAUGUCGCUGCUAUGUUAUGUCAGGAUAUCACAUCAAACAACAGCAGCAGCAACAGUCCACCUAAUGCAAUUGACGAUGAACUAGAACAACAUAUCAAGCAUUGUUCCUGCUCUUGCAAUCACAUGGGCUAUGGUAAUUCCAUGGACUACCAGGUGAGUAUGCAUGAAUGGUUGUAG